AUGGCCUGUUUUGUGGUGUGCUGUGCCUUGCCCUGAUCUAAAUGAACAUUGUUCCCCUCUCUCCUUAGACGUGCCACAAAGUAACAUCCAUUACUACGCCAACCCCAGCUACCACACCCUGCCACAGCGACCACCCCUCCCUGAGCUACCCAACAACAGGAACGGCACCAUAAAGAAGACCAACAACCAGCUGUUCCGGAGCAAGAACAACCUGGAGGUGGAGGGUCCUGGGCCACUGCCGGACUGUAACGCCACCUUGCCCGCUGACUGGAAGCACAGUCCCAAACACAAGGAGCUGGGUGUGCGUCCAAUGGACAGGAGCUACAGUUGCAGCAACAGUCUCCCCAAGUACAGCAACACAGUACUCUCAGCUUCUGGGCCCGACGUCGGCUCCAACGAUGGGUCAGUGAGCAGUGGGGAGAAUGUCUACGCCACCAUCCAGGACCUGCCCUCGCUGGAGGGGAAACUCCCCGAGUGCAGCUACGUGGAGAUGGGGUCGCGAGGUGGACAUGAUGAGUCAUUCGUUGAGAACCGAGCCAACGCUGAGGAUGGAAGGGAGAAGGCCAGCGGAGGGCCAUCUGUGCGAGGAGAGAUCGUUCCGGUGUCCCGGGACAAUCCCGGCCACUACUCCUGGCCCAGGAACAGCCACAUCCCCAGCCACUACGACCUUCCCAACAGCCACCCCCAUUGCCCCUCCCCACGUCAGCAGAGGUAGAGUCUGGGAGGGGACGGACUGGGGCAACCCCAGCGCUACCUGCUGAUUGCCCCUCGGCCGCGUCACUCAAAUAUUGAAACCAUCAUUUGCCGGCCACUGUUCCCUGGAUCUGAGGAGCCGCCGACGGACCUAUCUCCCCAAAUAUCUGCCAAAUAUUCCCGAGCUGGUUACUAGGCUGCUGUCCAAUGUCGCAGCGAGGGGUGACCCAACGGCUGGAAUUGUGGGGAAUUCCCUUGGGUUGCGGAUGGCAUUUCCAUUCAACGGAGAACGGGACAAACGCACGUCAUAAGGAAAUGCAGGACACUGGGGAAUGCGGGCCACUGGGUAACUAACACAAGACAGAAGAAAACACCGGCCACUGGGUAACGCGAACAGCCAGCGGGGACAGAGAGCAAUUCAAAUGCCCCCCGCCCCCGCAAGCAUGCAGACUGUGUGGGGUGGGGGCGGUGGAGAUGACGGAAAACGCAGGCUGCAACAUAGAUCACGGGGAAACAGGGCACGCAACCCUGAGCGGCCCAAGUACAGAUGUUUGAUUCCGCUCGUCAAUUGCGGGUUUAUUGUUGCGCGGGGAUGGGAAGGUACGCUUGCUUGGCUCCCAUUGAAUAGUAUCGUCACUUCGUGGGAGGGGAGGUACUGAGGGAGCGUCUCGCUGUGGGGCAAUACUGGGGAAAAGUCACAGCGUGGGAGGGGCGGUACUGAGGGAGCGUCUCGCUGUGGGGCAAUACUGGGGAAAAGUCACAGCGUGGGAGGGGCGGUACUGAGGGAGCGUCUCGCUAUGGGAGGGGCAAUACUGGGGAAACGUCACAGCGCGGGAGGGGCGGUACUGAGGGAGCGUCUCGCUGUGGGGCAAUACUGGGGAAAAGUCACAGCGUGGGAGGGGCGGUACUGAGGGAGCGUCUCGCUAUGGGGGGCAAUACGGGAAACGUCACAGCGUGGGAGGGGUGGUACUGAGGGAGGGAACAUCGCACCGUGAGAGGGGCAAUACUGGGAAACGUCACAGCGCGGGAGGAGCGGUACUGAGGGAGCGUCUCGCUGAGGGGCAAUACUGGGGAACGUCACAGCGCGGGAGGGGCGGUACUGAGGGAGGGAACAUCGCACCGUGAGAGGGGCUGAAUUGUCAUCUUCCGUGGUGUAUUGAAUUAUUGUCAGUGCUGAUGCCACCACACUAGCGAUUUUCCUUCUGUUACUGCUCCGAGCCCUGACUCGAGUUGGAACCGUGACAGUAUGUAAUUAAACGCUUCCAGCCUGCUUCUCGAUUCCUGUGUGAUGGGAUGAGGUGUGGUCCGGCCUGCGGCCUCGAUCCCAACUCUCACAAUAAGGUUUAUAAGCACGGACGUAUAUGUCAAAAUUACCGAAAAUGAAUAAAUAGUGCGAGAAAAAAAUAGAAUAACUGGGUAAUGUUCCUG